GAGCAGUCGUCAUUCAUUCAUUCAUUCAUUCAUUCAUUCACAUUCAUUCCUCACGCACACAGCUCUUCGCGCUCGACUCGCGAGCAACAUCCAGACCCAUCAGCAGCGACCAAAGCUUCCGCAUACCUCCUCGCUUCCUCGCCCCUUUGUCGCAUGGCAAGGCUUCGACUACAGCAAAAGCUAGGCUAGGCAAGGCGAGGCAAGGCAAGGCUAGCGUGGGCGCAUACAUGCUCAUAUCAGACAGGAGCCGACGCUCUACGCUCACUCGCUGAUCAGUCAGCUAGCUGGCUGACAAUCACGUUGAACAUGGCCGUGACCAUGGCCGAUCUGGCGUGCAGAAUGGCAAGCAUGGCCGGUCCGAGUGCAAUCAGUCAGAGUUCAGCUUUACACGCAUGCGCAUGCGCACGUGCACCCCUCCUCUCCUCCCACCACUCCCGCUCCCUCCCCCGCCCGUCUUCGGGAUGCGCAAACUCAAGCAGUAGAAGAGGCUUUCAUGAAUCUCAUCGGCAUACUCUUCGCACCCAUGCUCUCGCCUCAUCCCGCUCUCCCUUCUGCUCCCCUUCCAUCCAUAAUCUCAAUUCAGCCCGCACUGCGCACCUCUUCCGGUCAGGAAGAGCUUGUCAAAGCAGAUGCUUCAGAUUACCAGACCUGUCGCAAUUAUCGCCUUUUGCACAGACACGGGGACGUGGGCAUCAAAAGGCUGGGGACGGGGCUGGGAAUAGAGCAGGACCCGAAGGAACAGAGACUGUGAGCGAAUCCAUCGUCCUUCCGUACACCGCCAAAACGCUUCAUGCCCUCGUAGAAGAUGUGCCUUCCUACUCCUCCUACCUGCCCUUUUGCACAUCUUCCACCAUCCUCGGUCCCAGCACCUCCUCGGCACGUGAUCCGCCCAAUUCCAAAGCUUUCUUGGCCCAAUUAUCCAUCGGCUUCAAGGGAUUCUCGGAGAGCUACACUAGUAGAGUCGUUAGUGUGCCGGAGAAGAGCGUCGAGGCAACAGCUCAAUCAGACCUGUUCGAGCACCUGCACACACGUUGGACCUUUACCCCUCUUCCCACCGAUCCUUCCCGCACAAGGGUGGAUUUUCAAGUCUCUUUCGCAUUUCACAAUCCUCUGCACGCGCUCGUUGCUGGCAAUGUGUGCAGGAGCAUGGCGGGGGAUAUGAUUGCCGCUUUCAAAAGAAGGGCGGAGACGAUUUCGUAGGGCCAAAAAAAUGAGGCCCAAACUGCGAAUUCAAAAGGGGAAGAAAGUUGAAAGGGUUUCAAAGGCAAGAAAGUUUCCCCGAAACAAACACUUUUGAAGCCGCGCUCACGUUGAAGUGGGAAUGUCGAGGCAGCUGGGUUUGAUGCGCAGAGAACUUGCACUCUUCCUGCUCUGCAAAUAGAACUUCCUCCCCUUACCCCUCCCCGGCUUGCAAUCGUAAAACUUGAACAUUUUUCACCUGCUCGCGACAUGCAAACAGUCGAAGGAUCAACAAGGAGAGGGAUGAUGUGGAUAUGCUAUUUGCAAGUCCCUCGCCGCUCUCGG